UUUGGUCCCUCUGCUGUCACACUGAUGCUACAACAAUUUUUUGCAGGCAUAAUUUUCACCGCAAAGCCGAAAAACAGUGAAAAAACGAAAAAGCUGUUAAAAAAACAAGCCAAACAAGUAGUAAACAAAAGUGCAAGGCAGAAAAAGUCAUAAACUGCCGAAUAUAAGCGGUGAAAACGUUUGUAGCAGUUUUUUUGUACGUGAAAAACUAGAAACGCUUCGGUAUUGAAUUUUCAACUCGUGGAGAGGGUGAAGUGAAAAAAGUUUUUGGUCGGAAAAAGGGAAUCAAAAUCACAACGAAACCAGUGCCGAAAUGAGUGACUUCCAAACUCAGCAAGCAAGCCUUAGUCAAUCUCAGGCGCUGGCCCAGGCAAUACAGCGUGCCAAGCAGAUUGCUGCAAAGAUACAACCGAACCAACAAGGCGGCGCACCAGUGGGCCCAUCGCCACCAGCAGGAGGAGGAGGUCCCGGUCCCGGCGGUAACGCUUUUAAGCGAGUAAACGACGACGGCGACAGUGGGCCCGACAGCAAGCGCUCCUUCGGAAGCCCAGAGUACGCCAACAACUCGAACAUGAGCAGUGGUAGCGGAGGCGGAGGCGGUGGCAGCCAGGGCGGUGCCAGCAUCACCCAGGCGAUUGCCCAGGCAGCGGCAGUUGCCGCCAGACUGGCUGCCUCGGCGGGCACCACCUGCGAGGAGCAGAUCCGCAUUCCAGACUCGGUGGCCAGUGCCUUUAUGGGACGUGGCAGCAACGACACCAUUACCCACAUCCAGGCCGAGUCGGGUGCCAAGGUGCAGGUGAUGCAGGAUCAGGAUCGCGUUCUGAUGCUGCGCGGCCAGCGCGAAACCGUGACCAAGGGUCGCGAGAUGAUCCAGACAAUGGCCAAUCGGGGCGGUGGUGGGCAGGUAGAAGUUCUGCUUACCAUUAACAUGCCGCCACCCGGACCGAGCGGCUAUCCGCCGUAUCAGGAGAUCAUGAUACCGGGCGCCAAGGUUGGCCUGGUUAUUGGUAAAGGUGGCGACACCAUCAAGCAGCUGCAGGAGAAGACCGGCGCCAAGAUGAUCAUUAUACAGGACGGUCCCAAUCAAGAGGUUAUCAAGCCGCUGCGUAUUUCCGGCGAGGCGCAGAAAAUCGAGCACGCCAAGCAGAUGGUGCUGGAUCUGAUUGCCCAGAAGGAUGCCCAGACUCAGCAGCAGGGCGGACGAGGUGGUGGUGGCGGCGGAGGUGCAGGAGGUGGAAGUGGAGGCGGCGGGCCUGGCAUGGGCUACAACAACUUUAACAACGGCAACGGCGGCGAGAGCGUCGAGGUCUUUGUCCCCAAGAUAGCGGUGGGCGUGGUCAUUGGCAAGGGCGGCGACAUGAUCCGAAUACAAACGGAAUGCGGCUGCAAGCUGCAAUUCAUCCAGGGAAAGAACGACGAGAUGGGAGAUCGACGGUGCGUCAUCCAGGGAACUCGGCAGCAGGUCGAGGAUGCCAAACGCACCAUUGAUGGCUUGAUCGAAAAUGUGAUGCAACGCAAUGGCAUGAACCGAAAUGGCAAUGGUGGCGGCGGAGGCCAAGGCGGCGGCGACCAGAGCAACUCCAACUACGGCUACGGAUACGGGGUGAACCACGCCCAAGGCGGACGGGAGGAGAUCACAUUCCUGGUGCCCGCUUCAAAGUGUGGAAUCGUUAUUGGUCGUGGUGGCGAGACCAUUAAGCUGAUCAACCAGCAAUCUGGAGCCCACACGGAAAUGGAUCGGAAUGCCAGUAAUCCGCCCAACGAGAAACUCUUCAAAUCCAAGGGUACCACCGACCAGGUGGAGGCAGCCCGCCAAAUGAUCUCCGAGAAGAUAAAUAUGGAGCUUAAUGUCAUCUCCCGCAAGCCCAUCGGCGGAGGAGGUGGCAACCAAGGAGGCGGGGGCCAGAACAACUCACAUCACAAUCAACAGCAAGGCGGCGGCUAUGGUGGCCCGAAUCAAAUGCAAGGCGGCGAUCCUAGCGCAGGACAGGGCUAUCAGCAGCAACAGCAGCAGCCCUGGGGAGGUGCUACCUACGGCCAGCAGGGCUGGGAUCCGUCCGGUCAGCAACAACAGCAGCAGCAGCAACAAAUGGCAAUGGCAGCCAAUCAAGGUGGAGCUGCUGGAGCAGGAGCUGGAGCCGGUGGUCAGGAUUACUCAGCUCAGUGGAUAGAGUACUACAAACAAAUGGGCUGCCAUCGAGAGGCUGAGAUGAUCGAGCAACAGAUGAAGGCCAAGCAAGCUGGCGCUGCCGCUGGUCCUGGUCAACAGCAACCCCAACAGCAGCAGCAACAGCCCCAACAACAAGCACAGUCCCAACAGCAGGCAGGAGGUGCCAGUGGAGCUGGAGGAGCCGAUUACAGUGCACAAUGGGCGGAAUAUUACCGCAGUGUGGGAAAGAUCGAGGAGGCUGAGGCCAUUGAAAAGACGUUAAAGAACAAGUCACAGAAUGGAGCCCCAAGCGGUGGGCAGAAUAAUGCACCCAAUCCAAGCCAGGGCGGUGGACCCAAUCCCGGCCAGCAACAACCCAACCCAGCCGCAGCGGCGGCAGCAGCAGCAGCAGCUGCUGCGGCGGCGGCAGCAGGCGGAUAUGGACAGAGCAUGACACCCAGCCAGUACGCACAGUAUUCGCAGUAUUAUGCGGCGGCAGCUGCUGCUGGUGGCCAGCCGCAGGGAGCGCCGCAGCCAGGCGGUGGUCAAAGUGGCGGUCCGCCUGCGGGUUAUCCUGGAGGCUAUCCAGGCGCUGGCUACGGCGGCUAUCCUGGAGCGCCUGGGCAACAGCAGCCAAAAUCGCACAAAAACGACAAACACUGAGAGCGUUAGAAGAGGAGGGAGCAGGAGCGGGGAGUGGGAGUAAAAGCUGAAGUGGACGAAGCUGCGAUGGGAGGGCGAUGCAGGUGCCUUGCAUGGGUGAUCUAUUGUUCUACUAUGUCCUAUGUCUUUUAUCCCCCAUAAAAAGCAAAACAGAAAAAAAAACUAGCAAAUCCGAAAAGAAGAUUUUUAAUUGCAUUAAACAGCCGAAAAACAACAGAGCAACAUCACCCCAAGGACAGAGACAACACAUGGCAGAGGUGGAGGAGCAGGAACGGAGUCAAUAAAUUGAAAAGUGCAACAUUGAACGUUUAGCUUGUGCCGUCGCACUUUUACAUAAAUGUAAAUGAAUAUUAUUAUUAACAUGUGUCUAUAAUUUGGAUAUUGCCUAUAACUUUCCCCACUAGAACCGUAAGCACCUUCCCCCGAGAACCUAAGUCUAUCAUUACCAACUAUCUAACUAUCUAUAAAUCUAACAUAAUAAUAUUGCUGAUGAUCAUGAUCACCAUUUGUACAGACACAAAGAAGCGAAUUAUGACAAUGUUUUGGGUGUUUUUAUAUGAUUUCUCUCACUUUCACCGUCAAUUUAGGCAAGUCGAAACAUCCGCAGUCUCCUUUUAAUAACGUUUGGGAAAGACAAUUCCCAAUUGCAAUAAUACUAAAAUACUAUAUACAUAUAUAUCCUUAGGGGCUUAAGCCUUAAAAGAUAACGAACGUUUUGAUACAUGAAACCAUUUUCACGUAGCCUAGCUUAGUUUGUAAUACAAAAACCAUUUGAACAACAUGAGAGAUCUGCAAUUAAACACGAUCAACGACAUCUGCUGAUCUGGUAAGAUAAUUAAUCUGUAAUCGAAACUUAUUCAUAUAACAUUUACAAAAGCGAGGGCCUUGUUCAAAGUGGGUUCUUUCUAUUGAUAAUAUUUUCGCCUUUCAGUUGGUUCUUCAUUCUUUAUAGCUGUAAGGUGAAACUGAAUUAACUUAUUAUAAAUUAUUUCCUGCUCUACAUAUAUUUAUGUACUAUUGCAAUUAAUAUUUAUCCUUAAAAGAACUCAACUCAUUUACGAGCAGGAAAAUCAUGCUUGUUUUAAUAUAUUUUUAACUAUAUUAUCAUAUACAAACAUAUAGUAUGUUCUUUCAGAGUCAGAGGCCGCUCUCCAGACGAGUUCAAAACAGAAUUACGAAAUGAAAAACCCCAAAACUUUCUCACACUAUAUAAACCCCUAACGAACAUGAACAAAUAUACAAAACAAGAUAUUGUAAAAGUGUCAAACUUGGUAAGAUCAUCGUGUGUUGUUGUUACUGUCUAUAUACAAUUAAACAUACUUAUUGCAAUUGAACAUACUUACCCAAAAUGAAUGUAGGUCUACCAUUAUUUAUAAAUACCACUUUAAAAUAAUCUACAUUAAGUUUUACGUCUCCCCAAAUAUCUGAUUGUUGCAACAGCAGAUCAACCAUAUAUAUUGUAACCGUUGCCGGCUCAGAUCGGAAUCCAGAUCAAGAUCCUGAUCCGCCCUGCAGUCGGCAAAACUUUGAAUAAACAUUUAAUAUAUACCA